GAUCUAUACAUCAUUGUUAAGGUGUAUUUUCUUGUAAGAACACAAUUUCAUCAAUAACGUAUUAAAUUAGAUUUCAAUUAUAAUUCCUGUACGGAGAAGAGAUAUAUAAUCUAACAAAUUUAUUUUCUGGCACGUUUGACAAGUUCAAGUUGCAUCUUACGUACGUUUCAUUUUAUCUCUUUUGUAUGGUAAAUAAUGGAUCAACUGAUAUGUGGAGGGUGCAGAACGUUGCUGAUGUAUCCGCGUGGUGCUACUAAUGUCAGAUGCUCCUGUUGUCAUAUGGUCAAUCUUGUUCCCGGUGGUUCAAACCAGGUUGCUCAAGUAAACUGUGGAAAUUGUCGUAUAAGGCUGAUGUAUCCAUAUGGUGCUCCGUCAGUUAGAUGUGCAGUUUGUCACUACAUUACAAAUGUCAAUAUGAACAACGGAAGAAUACCCACUCCUGUUCCUAUGCGGCCCAGUGGAAUUGCAUCAUCAGGACCAAUGCCCCCUGACCCGAUAGCAGUGCCGCAUUCUCAUGACCAAACUGUGGUUGUUGAAAAUCCCAUGUCUGUUGACGAGAGUGGAAAAUUGGUAAGCAAUGUUGUUGUUGGAGUAACCACAGAGAAGAAAGCGGUCAAGUGAAUAACUAGUCAUCAUCCAUGAUCUCUAUUGAUGAAUGAAAACGGGCCCUUCUGAAGAUUUGAUGUGUACAGUAAUACAAGUAGAAAAAUGGUCAUCAUUAUAGCAUUGUUGUAACAUAAAUUAUUCAGGAAAAAUAUGAGGAUAUGAUCAGUUCUUUGAGUU